ACUGUGGUUGAACCCAUCAGAGGGAAAACGGGGUCUCUAUUAUUUUGUUUGAGGGCCACUCCGGCCGGCCACAUACAGAUUAAGAUUUGAGAGCGUUCCUCUGUCCUCCCUUCCCCUAUCUGGUUCGAAAAACCAAACCGUGCAAGGGAAGAAAGGGAAGCGGACCAUGGAUGGCAAACUAGUUCUAGAAGCUCGGGCAGAUGAAGAGUCUGGGUGCCGAGUAGGUUGCAGGGGGCAGGUCUCAGGGAGAAGUGAACCAGCUUCAGAUGGAGACCGCCUGAAACGAACGACUUCUGGGCGAAGUGGCAGCCGUAGUCCCUCGCGACAGAAAGUAUUCAAAACAAAACCUCGGGGUUUUGAUGAAGAGGUGGUGGCUUCAUUCAGUAGAAUUGUUCACCUUGACAUCCAAAUGGAAGACAGCAUUUGGGCUUUCCUUCCUGAGGACCUUCUGAAUGAAAUCCUGGCAAGGGUGCCUCCGUUUGUGCUUUUUAAGCUGCGCUCUGUAUGUAAACGCUGGAAUUCGAUUAUAUCUGACGUUGGUUUCAUCAAGUUUCAUGGGCGAGUCCCUUCUCAUGGCCCUUGCCUUCUUGCGUUUUGGAAAAAUCUGCAGACUCCUCAGUGCUCGGUUUUCAGCUUGCCGCUCAAAACAUGGUACAAGCUCCCAUUUUCCUUCCUGCCCGAGUGGGCGUUUUUGUUGGUUGGCUCUUCAGGUGGCCUGGUAUGCUUUUCAGGGUUAGACGGGUUGUGUUUCAAAACUGUAGUUUGUAACCCUCUUACUCAAACUUGGCGUGCAUUACCAACUAUGCAUCAUAAUCAGCAGCGCCAUCUGAUAUUGGUUGUUGAUAGAGAGGACAGAUCCUUCAAAGUGAUUGCUACAAGCGAUAUAUAUGCAGAGAGAACUUUGCCCACUGAGGUAUAUGAUUCCAAAUCAAAUAGUUGGUCUCUGCAUCAAGUAAUGCCUGCGGUUAACCUCUGUUCUUCCAAAAUAGCAUUUUGUGAUUCUAGAAUCUAUCUUGAGGCCCUUUCGCCGCCGGGGUUGAUGAUGUAUAGACUUGAUACAGGCUAUUGGGAGCACAUCCCAGUCAAAUUUCCUAAAUCUCUUUUAGAUGGUUACCUUGUUGCUGGCACGUACAAGCGUUUGUUUCUGGUUGGAAGGAUAGGUAUGUACAGCACCCAUCAGAGUAUGAGGAUUUGGGAAUUGGAUCAUAGCAAUACUGUGUGGGUAGAGAUAGGUAGAAUGCCGCAGAGGCUAUUUAAAUCUCUGUUGAGAUUAUCAGCCGAACGAUUCGAAUGCUUUGGGCAAGAUAAUUUGAUCUGCUUUACAUCAUGGAAUCAGGGCAAAGGUCUGCUUUAUGACAUUGACAGGAAGGCAUGGUCUUGGAUUGCUGGUUGUGUUCUUCAGUCAUGGAGCAGUCAAGUCACCUUCUAUGAACCAAGGUUUGAUGCAUCUAUCUACUAAGAAAACUUACUCCAAUUUAUGUCGAGUUCUGGUUUUGGAAGUUUUCUGUUUGUGGUGGCCUUGUUGUCUUCGCGACAAGAAGAAGAUAGCCCACACUGUCUGGUGCUUGAAGAAUGUCGUUAUAGCACUUCAAUGCCCUAAUAAGCAAGAAAGUAUGGCAUGAAACAAGCCAAAGUUGAUGCUUUUGCUAUUCAGAAACUUGACCAUAUGAAUGACUAUGGUUGAGGUGUUGGGGUUCAUUGUGCACAAAAAGUACGGGUAAUAUGAUUUGGUGCCUGAUGUUGGAAACUGUAGUUCUCAAGCAAUGCAAAAAUCUAACUGAAUUUGAAGGUGACAACUGACAACAUGUGAUGCCUACGGCACUGGUCUUCUGAGAUAUUAACUCUUGAAAGGGUAACUUUACCUGGACCUGUUGGUUGAACUGGAUUACUGUCUUUACUUGAAAAGAAAGAGAAUACUGUAUCCUUGUUUGUUAGAAGAUGCACAUACGAUCUUCUAGAAUGUUAAAAGGUCUUGAAAGUUGAGAUAGAAUGUCAUGAGAAGUAAGUGAAUAUGAAACAUCAGAAAAUCUUGUGUACAGUGCUAGCAUUUUUAAAUCUGUCCAUAAACUGUUAACUCCUUAUGGCAUUGACUGCAUCUUCAAUCUUUUAUUUCCUUUAGUUGUUCAACUAUUAUAUAUAAUUUCUUGUGCAAUCUUUGAUGUUUGUAUUUUUUGGCAAUUAAUAUGAGUCCACUGAAAAAUAAUUAUCC